GUCAAAUUGGCUGUGGCACAUGUUUGUUAAGUGACUGGUGCAUUUAUCAGUGUUGCACGUGCGGGCGACUUGCUUCAUUAUCUUGAGUGGCCUGAAGCUGUGAUCCUGUGAUCCAGAUUUGAGGGGUUAUAUUUCUAUUUGUUGAUUUGAUAUUAUGCGGAGAGAAUGCCUCUGAACAACAACCAGAAAAUGAUUCAAGGGGUGGACAGUGCUGCUGCCAGGAUGGCCAGGCUUCCUGUUGUGCGCUCUGCUUGGUCCAAACUGUCUGUCCUUUACACCAAUACAAAAUGCUCCCGUCCCGACCUGAGGUAUAUUUGUGAUGCUCUGGAGGACCGUGCAGUAAAUUUAUGCACAAGGGCCACGCACACCAUCUCUCCUGUCAUAGUCAUACUGGAGCCUCAAAUAUCCAUGGCGAAUGACAUUGCAAGCAGAAGUCUGGAUUGGUUGGAGUCUGCUUUCCCAUUGCUUCAGGCACCAACAGAAGAGAUUGUUGCCGCUGCCAAAGAUAAAAUGCAUGAAGCCAAAGAAAUGCUGAGUGUCAUUGCCACAGGGACCAAAGGCCGCAUACAACACACAGUGGAGCAGGCUAUGAACACAGUGCUGCACACAGACGGUCAUUCAAGUCCAUUCAUAGAGAGAGCUGUGACUGUGGCAGGUGCAGGACUGGACCAUGCACUCAACUUAUCUGAAGCUCUGGUGGAUUGUAUGGUGCCCUCUGCUGGUGAAGAACCAGAGGACUCAGUGGAGAGGUUGGAUGCCACCCCUCGUAGGACUUACCCUGAGAGACUGCAGUAUGUCAGCACCAAGUUAUAUAAAGGAUCUUACAAGGCCAUAGAGACACUGUCUCCCAGCUGGGCUCGGGGCCUUCCAAAGUGUCUGUCAUCUUUCAUAUCCAGACUCCCCCUGUACCUCCAGAAUCAGACCGCGACCCUGAUCUUGUUCAUGUUACAGAUGUACACCUUAAGUUGUCCUUCACCUCAACAAACGGAUACUGAAAACAGCCCCUCGACCCUUUCUACUGGGGUCUCACCCUCUCGCAAAGAUUGGCUCACAGUGGUUAAGUGGCAGGAGAGUCCCACCUGGAGAGUAAGGCUGCGCACAUCUACUGACUGUGACUGCAAGGAGCUGUGAAACACCAACAUUGUUUAUGUAAUGAUAUGAUCACCUUUAUUAUGAAACUUGAAGCUUUGUGUUGGACGACACACUGGGCAAUAAAAACACAUUGUGGAUGAAUUUAAAUUUAACACUGGUGUGAGUAAUUGGACUUAACUUUAUCUUUAAAAAAUUGUAAAAUUAUACAUCUUAAUAUACUUAUUUUAAACAAGAUUAAUAAUUGUCAACUGCUAAAAUAAAAAUUCACUCACUAAUGAUAUUCUCACACACUGAAUAUGGUCAUUAGUUGGUCAAUGACAAACCUGGCUACAUUAAAACUUAAAUUUUUUUAAGUUAUUUAAGAAGAAACCUUGUUUUCAUCAUUGCCUGAUAUUUCAGAAAUAUAUUUAAGGUUUGAUUUAAAAAAACAAAACAAAAAAACCCCUGCCCUCUGUCACAGGUGCUGUCAAAGGCACAGAGCAUCCCAGCUGCUCAGUCUCACAUUAAACACUUAACCUGAAACAGUGACUCAAGUGGAAACAGGUCUGUGAUCACUGAACCUUAAGGUUUAAACAAAAAAAAAAUGUAAUGUGCUUCCUUUUUGUACAGUACCAAAUCUAAUCUUGUCCUGUCAGGGACUUCAGAUGCAAAGGCUUUGAGCCAAUUCUGGCAUUUUCUUUAAUAGGCAUUAUGCCUUUAAAAUAUAUACAAAUAUUAGAAUUUAUCAUUUCAAUAAUGAUAAAUAUAAUAUUGCAAUAUGUGAGCUACUGUUUCCAAAUAAUUUCCCUUGUGGAUCAAUAAAGUGUCAAAGUCUAAUGUCUUUUUAGGGCUAUUUAAUAUUGAACCCUCACAUGUAGCUCACAUUUGGUCCAGUGAAAACUAAAAUUUUGAUCUAGA